CCAACGUCUACUCAUCUUUGUACUAGAUUGAGCUUAAAAGUUUGUACAAGCCUACAGGUAUUUACGUUUAGCUGCAGACGAUUGUUUAGCAAUACUGGUUUAUCCGUUCAAACCUGACUGGCACGACUGAUUAAAGUAAAAAUCAAACAAGGCCUUGUAUUUUUGUCUCUACAUCAACAACUGUGCCAUUUACCUAUUUUAAAAUUGGCUGAAAGCACGAGUCUCAAUAGUAACUGACUAGAACGACACGUUAGUACACUUUCAGCGAUUCCCAAACCACAUCAGGCACUUUUUAGCCAGUGAAAAAGACACAUCUUGAACGAUAAUUCAAGAGUUUAAUUUAAAUAGCUAUUUUCAAGGCUUACCGUCGCACCUAUUUUCGGUCAUCGUCAUUCAGCCAGUCCAUCUCUUUAUCACUCAGUCUUUACAAGCAACAUCGACCGUUAUUGACAGUUUGAAAUGGAUCUCAAGCCAAAAAGCGUUCCUGAAGAACUCAAAACCUUUUUAGAAAUCCAUUCAAGCGAAUGGUUUACUAACGACGAACUUGCUGAGCAUCUUAACCACACUCCAAGUGGAAUUCGCAAUGCAGUCACUAAACUCAAAAAUACUGGGCUUGUCAAGACCCGUCUGACUGGAUCUCUAGCCUAUCGUGGCUGGCACACUGCAUCCACUGGCCAGUCUCUUCCUGUCCCUGAACAACAGAAAAAAAUGGCUGCCCGUCAAUGCAAUGGAUGUGGAACCACUUUUUCCAAGUUUUGGCGCAGCGAUAAGCAGCAACGAGAUGGCUGGUUGUGCAAUAACUGUGGCAUGAAUC